AAAAAAACAAGAAAUAAAGUAUAAAAUUAAUAUGAAUAAAUAAAUACUGACACGUAUAAACUAAUAAAUUCAUGAUAUACUAUAAUAUAUUCAUAAUAUAUAAUAAUACAUUCAUGACAUACUAAAAACUUUCUCAUGUUUACUAACACUUUUAUAUAGGUAUAUGUAUGUAUAUAUAUAUAUAUAUGUAUAUGUAUAUGUAAUAAAUUUACGAUAAAUUUAUUACGGAUUAUAUUCGAUGGCGUAAUUUUACAAAUUUUGCUGACACGCAUCAAGAUUCUCGACUCUUGAAAUCGUAAAAACAUAUUGAAAAAAAAAUGAGAUCAAAGUUGGUUUUAAGAAUUCAGUUCGUCUUUUACAACGCUCCAACGAUGAUGAAUCGUUUUCGAUCGAUCUUUUGUUUCACAUUUUUCAUAUUAAUUUUAUUAAGAGUGAAAGGAUACCAGAUGUUUAAUAAAAACAAACAUUUACCACCGAAGAUAUCCAGUAAACUCGACGAUUAUUGGCGGGCUUACAAGACAUAAGGAAUUUAUUUAUAAAAAAAAAAAAAAAAGAAAAAAAGAAAGAAAAAAAAGAAGAAAAAUUAAUGGAGCAUCAUUCGUCCCCGACAAAACUACAGGCACAAUUCAACAAGACUUACAGCGGAAAUCUCGACAAUACGAGACGCAUCAAGUGGGAGCAAAAUCUCGUGAAAAUUUACGAACACAAUUUAAUGGCCGCAGCGGGACACCAUGGUUACACGUUACGAGACAACCAUAUAGCAGAUCUAAGCACUAAACAAUACGUUCGAAAAAUGAUAAAACUAAUGCCAAGUAGAAGGCGUCGUUUGCCCGACGACGAGAUGGUCUCUUUGGCAUUGCAAGAUCCUAAACUCGUACCGUCUCAUUUGGAUUGGCGUGAACUAGGCUUUGUGACGAAGCCAGUGAAUCAAAUGAAAUGUGGAAGCUGUUAUGCAUAUUCAAUAGCUGGCACGAUAGAGGCCCAGUUAUUUAAACAGACUGGCAAGCUAAUACCAUUGAGUGAACAGCAAUUGGUUGAUUGCAGUACGAUAACUGGGAAUAUUGGUUGCAAUGGUGGUUCCCUCAGGAAUACCCUGAGAUAUCUUGAGAAAUCAAAAGGACUCAUGCCACAAAACAUGUACCCUUACAAAGGGAAACAAGGUCAAUGUAAUUUCAUAAAGGAUCACAGUGUCGUUAAUAUAACUUCAUGGGCAGUUUUACCAGCACGUGAUGAAAAAGCAUUGGAAGUAGCUAUUGCGACAAUUGGUCCUGUAGCAGCAUCAAUAAAUGCGAACCCGAAGACCUUCCAGCUCUAUCAUCAAGGUGUUUACGAUGACGUUGCAUGUACCUCCGACAUAGUAAAUCAUGCCAUACUGAUCAUUGGAUAUACACCAACCGAAUGGAUUUUGAAGAAUUGGUGGGGUGAACAUUGGGGCGAGGGUGGUUACAUGCGAUUGGCAAGGCACAAAAAUCGUUGCGGUAUUGCAAAUUAUGCGGCUUAUGCAAAAAUUUAAUAACACCUAUAAUUGUAACAAACAUCUUAACUUACUACCUAUCUUUAAUAUCAAUUAAAAGAUUCCAUUUUUUU